AUGGAUUUUUGUGGGUUUUUGAGCAAUUUUGAUUAGAAAAAUUACUAAAUAGAAUGAUCUGCUAAAAAUCAAAUUCUGUUAAAAAAUGCUUGAAAAUUCUUAUUCUUCUAUUCUUCUUCUUAUUCUUCUAAGUUUUCAGUUAAAAAUGCUGUCGUCCGUCUCGAGACGUCUAUUCUCCAGUUCGGCGCAAGUUUGCUCAACGGCAGGUCAGUAAACACGCUCAAACAAUGCAUUUUUGUUGAAUUGUUCCAGAAAUGCGCAAUUUUUUUUCAAUUGCCGCCACAAUACGACUACCGGCAGUGGUUUCCGAUGCACAUAUCCGUGCAGCUGAAGAGAAUGGAGGGGAAACUGCGAUCUGUCGAUUUGGUCAUCGAGGUUCGGAGCUAGGCCUAAAUUUUAGCGAAGAUGCAAUAUAUUCAGACAGCUCACAUGUUGAAACAGCGAUAAUGCUCGAAAAAUCACUAAAAUCGCUGAAUUUUCAGUCCACAACCGGUUUAAGAAAAGGGGAAAACCCGUUUUUUCGCUUUUACCGGUUUCUCAUGGAAUUCAUGCAGUUUUGUCAAGAUUUUUACGUUCUCAUGCUCAAAAAUUCCUGAAAUACUGCAUUUCUACAUAUACACCUCAAAAAUCCCAAAAAAAUCGCUCGUUUUUGCAGUUUGACGACUCGCUGACCGCCACAGUGCUGCGCAUAGUUCAGAGCAUGUCCAGCACAAAGAAGAAGAUCAAAAAGGGCGAUUCGAAGGAGGACGUCAAAGAAUCGCACAAGAUCACGUUGAUUUCAACAAUCUGA